AUGAACUCGUUCUGGACACUCCUCGACUGGUUCUUUCCCGCCAUACGCCUCACAGACGACGUCAGACUGGACGACCCGGAAGCUUUUGCCGGCAGGAGUUACGCACUGCACGCCCGCACACUGUCGACCCCGAGCAGAUCGCUGGCGCAGCCUCAGCGGCUACAGACCUCCGACCCAGCGGGGUGGCACAGGCAACGCGAACGCAGGAAGGAUGGGGGCAGAGAGCCGCACGUGGACAGGGAGCAGCGCGAAAGCGAGCUCGUCGCAGCGCUGCGCAGGGAGAAUGAGGAACUGAGGGCGAGGGUGCAGCAGCUCGAGCGGGACCUGCAGCUCACUAGACAGUCUGUUGCUUACGCCCAUGACGUCUCUGUACCGGCCCUCCCGCUGGACAUCGGGCUGCCCCCGCCGCCGAAGAUGCCCCAAUCCGCCGACCUCGCUGCCCUCCGGACAGCGUACGGUGCGCUCGCGGCGUCGCAUGCGUCUGUCCAGCAGGCGCUGCGCGAGCGCAACGAGGAGGUCUCGUCGCUACGGACGUACCUCACAAAGACAGACGACAUGUCAGGAGCGCAGCUCAUCCAGGCGAUCCGCGAUCUGAACAGCGAGAUCCUGCAGCUCGCCGCGUCCGUCGCCGACGAGUUCACGGGCAAGUUCGACAGACGGGUCAACUAUGCCCGUCCGUCCGACCGGGAAACGCUGUAUCCCGCUGUGGGGGUGCGGACGGCGGCUCCCUUCUUCGGUGCAGCGCCGGACGCACUCGCCAUGGCCGGCGGCACGAUGACGACCUCGAACGCGGCGCUCAUGAUCCCCUCGCGCAUGGCCGUCGCGAGCCGCUCCCUGUUCGUCGACGUCGGCGGCGGGACGCCCUUCGACGAGGCCCUCAUGGAGGACGCGUUCGCGGGCUCGCUGCCCCAGGAGGAAGAGGACCGUGUCCUGUGCACCGUCGAGAUCGGACUCGCCUGCGUCCGGAAGAUCGAGGGCGCAGAGGAGUCCGCGCCGACUUCUCCGACACCAGAGAUGGCAACUACCCCUUCGAACGGCGCGAACGCCAUCUCUCGCGUCAACAGCAUCAGCUCUAGUACCGAUGCUUCUGCCAAGAUCCUCGACCGGAAUCUGCUCGUAAAGCCGAAAGUCAUGCUGGACUCUGUCACUAAGCUCCUCCAGCUGUGA